CUCAUAUUCUUCACUUCUCUCUCUCUCUAAAAUUACCUUUCACCACAACUUUCGCUCGACUACACGACCCCAAUCGCCCAGGUAUCAUCCUCGCUUCAGCAUCUUUGCUGUUGUAUACAGUCCUUUCCCCCUCGCUCAUCUCAAACUUCGGUUUUCUACACAGUAUCGUCAGCUAUACUUUACCACCGCAAUACCCAAGAAAAUGGACGAUUUCUGCGUGCGCCUCCUCUCCUUCUUCGAGCGAGGCACAGACGGCAAGCCUGGCCGCUGGCCUCACCCGGCUCUAUCGCCCGAGGACAUGGCGGGCGCCGGCUUCCGACUCCAGGGCAGUCAGGCAAAGCCCGGCGACAACGUCAUUUGUUGCUUUUGCAAGCUUCAGGCUUGGAAGUGGGAGACCAAAGACGAUCCCUACCAUCAACACCAAGAAGCCUCACCCAAGUGCGAAUACGUGACCUCCGACAUCUUCAAGGAACACCACGACGUCUUCCUCCAGAAACAGCUUGACGUGACGGAGGUGGUUCAAGGGCCUCUGAGCCCCCCGCCUACCCCAACCAAAAGGUCGUACAAACCGCGCCGUCGGAUGGGAUUGUCUCCCAUCGUGACGGUCUACGACAGCGCGCCUUCCCACCAGGCAACCAAGUCGUUGGGGCUGCAGGAGCAGUCUCAGAGACCGACCGUAUCCGUAACGGCUGGAUGUGUUGAGGUCUUCAUUCGGGUCUGUGACCAGGGCGAGCGAGGCAAGUUCCCUGCCUUGUUUCUGGACUUCGCACAGACGCCAAAAGAAUUCGCCUUGAGUAGGCAUUACGCUGGGAAGGUACUCCGACACAACCGUCAGCUAAAAUCAACAUGA